AUGGCGGACAUUCAUCAAUGGCGCAGAAGGAUCCAACCUGGCUUUCCUCAUGCGCUCAUGCCGGUAGGCGAGCAAGAUGAGACAGAGCCAACCAUCACCAGCGGCUUUGGCUCUACUCACAAGAAGGUGCGACCCAAAAUCAGCUCUUACUUCUCCCACCGUUGUCUCUCCACUGGCAACGCGAGAUCGUCCAUAUGGUCUGCGGACCAACGUACCUCUCUCAAAGACACAAUCUCAGAGCCAUGUCCGACUUGGCUUGAAGGUUGCGAACCGGAUGUUGACCAGAUCAUGGACUCGAUGAUGCGUACCUUGAUGGCAGAGCCUUAUCGCUCUCUAGACAUCAAAUACAACUCACCUCUGCUUGGAAUCUUUGAAGGAUUUCGCAACCUGCGCGACGAGAACGCCUCUCUUAGCCGCAAGCUGAAGUACGAAGUGGAGACUCGGUUUGCGUCACAUCAUGAUUUGGAUCUCGAAAGACAACGAUGGCAGUUAGAAAGAGAAGAAUACAAGGCCGAAGUCAAAAGACUCGAAUUGAUCAUCUUUAGAGAUAGUGAAGGGGUUGCUGGCGUCAUGCGCGCUAGGCAAGGCAGCCUACUACGCAGAGAGCAUAGACGACGUACAGCAUCUGGCACCAACACAGACAGGGACGAUCCCCGAGAGACAGUCUUCGAAUUCCUAGAAAGAACAAGAGUCGAAGACAGAGGAAAGGAGGAAGCCGCUAGAAAGGCGCAAAGAGUGCCUCUUCGUAAUCGUACGGUGUCUCCAUCGCAGAAGAUGACUCUACUGUCACACAAGCUCUCGACGACCUGCCACUACAGUGAUUUCGACUCUCCUCCGAGCCCUCAUGACUUUACCAGCCUCUCCCAAGCCUCGAUGUUCGAAAUUCUGGCCGGGCGACCUUCACUUUCUGACACCGACUCAUCUGAAUCCUACUCGGCUUAUCAACGAUACGCAGAGAUGGUCGACGAUCAGGACGCAGCUUCCGCUUCGAAUGAUGAUCAACUUUUGUCCCAACAACAUGCUGGCAUCGAAAACGAUUCUCUUCCAAGCGACGAUCUUAGCUUCCGUAAAACAUCUCUCGAUGCAGACAGCACUCGUCCAGAAUCGCUGCACCUGGAGCAGACACGCAGGUUCUCUUUCGAAUACGAUGAUGACGACUCUCGUUGCACUCAAGUCAAGACACAGCAUGCAGCCAGCUCUCCCCUUCAAAGAUGUGUCUCUGUCGACCAUCGUGCACGGCAAAGGCCAUCUCUAUCCUCGCUCCAAGCACCAGACACGCUCGCUACCGAGCGCAUCUUACCUUCGCCAGUAUUGACGCCUGUAGUAGAGUUUCCAAGCCUAUCUAAGAUCCCGAGUCCUAGUUCUGUUUCGUCUUUGGCAAGACCAAGAAGGGAAGAUUCAUCUUCGAGCUUCCUUACUGCCAUCAGGUGCCCUGACGGUGACUCGAAUCACAGCAGAGGAACAUCAAGAUCCAGUGUUCCCUUGGACAGUCCCCAUCUGUCAUCGAGGGAAAGUGUCGGAGGUAGUGGUGAUGUUCGACGCUACGGUAGCAUGCAAGAUAACAAUACGGCGGUUGCUUCCACUCGCACUGCUACUCCUUCAGACUCGCCAAAGCCAUCGACAUAA